GGGAUUUAGUCAAUCAGACUUUCAGACUCUCGUCAAGCUGUCGGAGCGUUAGCAUGCUAGGCCGGGCCGAUUUAUGGGUUAAUGGGGGAGAAACAAAACAAGAGAAACAAUGGGAAUAAAUCCGCAGUGAGUGAAAAGAAGCUACAGUGACUGAUGUGGAACCGAGGAGGAACUUUUUAAACUUUUUAAACACUAUGUAUCCCGCUCGCUGCUAGCCCCGCAACUGCUAACAAGUUGGUAGUUGGAAAGUUUCUGAAGUCGCCGGGAAUUAGACGGACCCCUUUCUGGAGCUGAACAAGUUCCGGAAUUAGACAGAUCCAAGACGGUGGAGGGUGUUAAGCAGUCCCCGGUCCUGUCUGCCCUGUUCGGGAUGGCUGAAGAAGCCGAGCCGCAGGGAGCGGCAGAGUUGAUCAAAGACCGCCUGUACUUUGCCACGUUGCGCAGCAAACCCAAAAGCACCGCCAACACCCACUACUUCUGCACCGACGACGAGUUCAUCUACGAAAAUUUCUAUGCAGACUUUGGUCCUCUGAACUUGGCCAUGUUGUACCGAUACUGCUGCAAGCUCAACAAGAAGCUAAAGUCGUUCACUCUGACCAGGAAGCGCAUCGUUCACUACACCAGCUUCGACCAGAGGAAGAGGUCCAACGCCGCGGUUCUGAUCGGAGGCUACGCUGUGAUAUACGUGAAGAAAACUCCAGAGGAAGCCUACAGAGCUUUGAUAUCUGGUUCCAACGCCUCCUACCUGCCCUUCAGGGAUGCCGCCUUUGGGAAUUGCACCUACAACCUCACAGUGCUGGACUGUCUGCAGGGAAUCAGGAAGGCUUUGCAGCACGGCUUCUUUGACUUUGAGACAUUCGACAUGGACGAAUACGAACACUACGAGCGUGUGGAGAACGGAGACCUGAACUGGAUCGUCCCGGGAAAGUUUCUGGCCUUCAGCGGACCUCAUCCUAAAUCUAAGAUAGAAAACGGUUACCCUCUGCACGCACCCGAGGCUUACUUCCCCUACUUCAGGAAGCACGACGUGACCACCAUCAUCCGCCUGAACAAAAAGAUCUACGACGGCAAACGCUUCACCAACGCCGGCUUCGACCACUACGACCUCUUCUUCAUAGACGGCAGCACGCCCAAUGACAUCAUCGUACGCCGCUUCCUGCACAUCUGUGAGACCGCACAAGGAGCCGUGGCUGUCCACUGCAAGGCUGGUCUGGGCAGAACGGGCACUCUGAUUGGCUGUUACCUGAUGAAACACUACCGCUUCACAGCCGCUGAGGCCAUCGCCUGGAUCAGGAUCUGCAGGCCGGGUUCUGUGAUCGGCCCGCAGCAGAACUUCCUGGAAGAAAAGCAGGCGGCUCUCUGGUUGCAAAGCGACAGCCACCACUCCCCGAAGGGAAAAAUGGAGGACAAGGCGACGCGUCUCAUCAGCGGCAUGGACGAGCUGUCGUUAAGCUCCACCCACAUCGGCAGCGUCCCCCGAUCAUCCAGCUCCGACCAUCUACUAGAGGGAGACCUUACAGACCCCUCAGGUCCGACGCAGGGGGACAAACUCCGCGCCCUGAAGAGCCGACGCCAUCCUCGUCCAGCUGUGACCGGACCUCUGAGAUUUGAGGAGACAAAGGUCCACAGCCGCUCCAGCUCCCAGCCGCUCCGGUUAUCUAUGGGUAGCAGUCAGAGCCCUGCAUCGGUACUCAAACCCUCCAAGUUCCCAGCAUCCUCUGCUUCUGCUGCAGCCAAGAGGAUUGGGAGGAACUCGUUAUCGCCGAUGUCGAACAUUCGAAGCUCAGCUUUUGGCUCGCGAUUGGCCAGCUCCCUCGGAGAUCUCUAUGCCGCCGACAUCGAGGAGGACGAGAAGCCUUCAUUUUCCUCUCUUCCUCCCUCUUCUUCCUCCUCUGUUUCUUUAAGCCCCUCCCCCUCUCCUCUGGCCCCGCCCUCUCUGUCUAACUAUGGUAGCAGGACUCGGAGCAUGCAACAGGAGGUCAACAACAACAGUACCUUGUACUGCAGCUCUGUGGCGCCCCCUGCAGGCAAAGGUUACAUCAGACCACAGCCUCAGGACAUUGGUGCCUACAGGGGCCACGGGCCCUACAGCGCCAUGAAGGGCCCCUCAGGACGUUACCUGAGCCGCUCCAUACCUUCUCUUCGGUCGGAGUACAUCCAGUACUAAAACCAGCGGUCCGACCUGAGGUUCCGACGACCCCAUCCCAAUCCUCCUCCUCCUCCUCAUCACCUGAAUGCUCCGGUUUUUAAAAGGGAAACAGAAUAAAUUCGCGAGAGCUCGUCUCUGUGGACUGAAUCACUUCACCGCUCAGACUGUAUGUAAAUAUGAUGUAAUCUACACGCGUGUUUGGCUGAACAUAUAUUUACACCAGAGACUGAUUUUAUAUUCGCUAUUUGUGACAGAAGAGGACAUAUUUUUGUUUUAACAAAGAGUAUUUUUGAGUUUUUUGGGUUUUGUUUUUUUUUUCCUUUUUGAGAAACAGGGGUCAGCUGAUGGCGACUCUGCCUGUCACCAUGGUUACAGUAUUUACGUCCAGUCCGAUCAGUCCACGGGCAGAUUUUCCUGCCGACGGGACGGAUCAGCGUUGUUUUUGUUCUGAUCAGCAGCAAUAACAAUGAAGGGACCAGAUUAUCAGCUAAACUCAGGGGACUGAAGUUUUCAGAGUGUGGACGCCUUAAAGAAGCUUUAAAGUUCAGGUUUUACCCGUUAAAAAGUGUAGCGGACUGAAUAUAAUGAUGGAUAACCAAGUACAGACCAAGUUCUCAUUCUCAGGUUGUAAAUUAUGUCACCAGCACAAAAAAACAAACAAAUGUUUUAUUCUUUUUUUAUUCUGAGACCUCCAGCGUGCCUGGAAAAAAUUUAAAUAUUUUGGACAUUUUAAAUAAUGAACUAGUCUGUAAAUGUAGAUUUUAGUUGCCUUAAAGACAUGAGCAGAAGAUUUGUCCAAGUGUUGAUAUUUACCAUCAGACUGAAAGAUUUGAUCAUAAUAAACCAACAGCUGCCUUUAGGGGGCGCUGUAGGGCACAUGAAACGUUAUCACAUGACUGUUAUAUUUUAAUCAUGUUUUAAUUCUCUGUUCACUAAAUGACCUGUCAUAAAAAAUCAUUUUUGUUUGUGAACUGGAAACAUUUGACCCCGAACGGCCAUUUUUCCAUAUUUCACUGGUGAACAGGUUCUUAGUUCAGAGAACACCUGGGGUAGAAAAUUUAUUCAAAGUAACAUUGAUUCAGAACACCUCAGAGGCUUUCAGUAAACGGGUCAAAAGCUGCUGGGAUCGGAUCUACAUGGAACCUCCAGCUUGUCCCUGGCUGGAUGUGAUCGACCACAGCUGUGGAAGUUCACUUCAGACGUCGGAUCAGAGCUUCGACCGUGACCUGAAGAUGCCAGACUGAUUGAUCUGUUGGGUUUCACCUUUAGGACCCUGAAGGCAACGUUGGUUCCUCUCCUUCACAUGUCAAACAGGCUCAGAGUGCCUUGAACAGGUCAUCCUGUUGAGAAUGAUGAACUGUGGCCAUGAAGGGAAAGACUUUUAUUUUGGCGGUCCCCGACAGAAGGAUGUUUAAAUGAAGUUGUUUUAAUCUGUAUUUAUGUCACACUGAGGCUUUAAAGGGAAGUCGGAAGAUAAUGUAGAUGUUUUUUCUUUGAACUGACCGCAGAGUUUCUAUAAGAACAAAAACAGGAAAUAAAAUGAUUCUUCUAACUGUCGGUUA